AUGGGGCGCUGGGAGCAACUCACCUGGCUGGUGGGGGUGCUAGGAGCAACUCGUCUUGCUGGUGGGGGUGCUGGGAGCAACUCGCCUGGCUGGUGGGGGUGCUGGGAGCAACUCGCCUGGUUGGUGGGGGUGCUGGGAGCAACUCGCCUGGCUGGUGGGGGUGCUGGGAGCAACUCGCUUGGCUGGUGGGGGUGCUGGGAGCAACUCGCCUGGCUGGUGGGGGUGCUGGGAGCAACUCGUCUAGCUGGUGGGGGGUGCUGGGAGCAUCUCGCCUGGCUGGUGGGGGUGCUAGGAGCAACUCACCUGGCUGGUGGGGGUGUUAGGAGCAACUCACCUGGCUGGUGGGGGUCCUCGGAGCAACUCACCUGGCUCGUGGGGGUGAUGGGAGCAACUCACCUAGCUGGUGGGGGUGCUGGGAGCAACUCACCUGGCUGGUGGGGGUGCUGGGAGCAACUUACCUGGCUGGUGGGGGUGCUAGGAGCAACUCACCAAGCUGGUGGGGGUGCAGGGAGCAACUCGCCUGGCUGGUGGGGGUGCUGGGAGCAACUCAUCUGGCUGCAACUCACCUGGCUGGUGGGGGUGCUGGGAGCAACUCACCUGGCCGGUGGGGGUGCUGGGAGCAACUCACCUGGCUGGUGGGGGUGCUGGGAGGAACUCACCUGGCUGGUGGGGGUGCUGGGAGCAAGUAACCUGGCCUGUGGGGGUGCUAGGAGCAACUCGCCUGGCUGGUGGGGGUGCUGGGAGCAACUCGCCUGGCUGGUGGGGGUGCUGGGAGCAAUUCGCCUGGCUGGUGGGGGUGCUGGGAGCAACUUGCCUGGCUGGUGGGGGUGCUGGGAGCAACUCGCCUUGCUGGUGGGAGUGCUGGGAGCAACUCGCCUGGCUGGUGGGGGUGCUGGGAGCAACUCGCCUCGCUGGUGGGGGUGCUGGGAGCAACUCGCCUGGCUGGUGGGGGUGCUGGGAGCAACUCGCCUGGCUGGUGGGGGUGCUGGGAGCAACUCGCCUGGCUGGUGGGUGUGCUGGGAGCAACUCACCUGGCUGGUGGGGGUGCUGGGAGCAACUCACCUGGCUGGUGGGGGUGCUUGGAGCAACUCACCUGGCUGGUGGGGGUGCUGGGAGCAACUCACCUGGUUGGUGGGGGUGCUGGGAGCAACUCGCCUGGCUAGUAGUGGUGCUGGGAGCAACUCACAUGGCUGA